AUGCCGGCAGAUCUGCCCUUCAAGUCCAAGUCGCUCUAUGAAGUUGAUGACCUGACCCGUAAGCGAAAUGCCGCCGAAAAGAGGUUCAAGGCCUAUGGCGUUGCUGCGAUUGGAAUCGGCCUGUUUUUCCUGGUGGUUCUUGCAUAUACGAUUAUCAGUGAAGGCAUUCCCGCCUUUUCAAGGACGAUUGUUGAAGUUGAGUUCAGUCUGACGCAGGAGCAAUUCGACGAAGCCGAAGGCCAGCUCUUCAAGACAAAGGCCUAUGAGCAGAUCUUUAUCGGAGCGCUUCAGGGCCAGCUGCAGGAGAGCGGUGUCAGUGUCCCUUUUGAUGCCGCUACUAUUGAGCGCAUCGUCGGCAAACCUGGAAACACGAUCAGGACAUACUUCACGGCCAAUCAGGACAAGCUUGGCGAUACCGUGGGCUUCGAACUCGCGGCGUCUUCAAGAGUUGACGGUUACAUGAACGGCCGCGUCACUCGCGAGAACAUGACAGACAGCCGGUUCCUGCAGAAAGCCGACCUGGACCUUGUGGAUAUUCUGGUUGAUGCCGGCGUUAUCAAGACGGUGUUCAACUGGAAUUUCAUCACUGGAGCCGACUCCGGUGUGGAUAAUCCGGGCGCUGCAGGUAUUGGUGCCUCGGUGGUCGGGUCGUUCUUCAUGAUGCUGGUCGUGCUGUUCCUGUCGCUCCCGAUCGGUGUGGCAACGUCAAUCUAUCUUGAAGAGUUUGCACCUCAAAACAGGUUUACGGACCUUAUUGAAGUGAACAUAUCGAAUUUGGCCGCUGUUCCAUCGAUCGUGUUCGGCAUUCUGGGUCUGGCCGUGUUCAUCCAGUUCAUGCAUCUGCCGCAGUCGGCUCCGAUCGUUGGCGGACUUGUUCUGACGCUUAUGACGCUCCCGACAAUCAUCAUUUCGACCAGAGCGUCUCUCAAGGCGGUUCCGCCGAGCAUCCGUGAUGCUGCGCUGGGUGUCGGAGCAUCCAAGAUGCAGGCGAUUUUCCAUCAUGUGCUGCCCUUGGCGAUGCCUGGAAUUCUGACAGGCACGAUCAUCGGGUUGGCACAGGCACUUGGCGAAACAGCACCGCUGCUUCUUAUUGGUAUGGUCGGCUUCGUCGCACGCGGUUACCCGGAAGGCCUGAUUGCCGGCUUCACUGAUCCAAAUUCGGCAAUGCCCGCUCAGAUUUACACCUGGGCGGCGCGAGCGGAUUUUGCAUUCUAUGAAAAAGCAUGGGGCGGUAUUGUUGUCCUCCUAAUCUUCCUCCUCUCAAUGAAUAUUCUCGCGAUCAUCCUGCGCCGCAGGUUUGAGCGCCGCUGGUAA